AACAAACAUUUUCGUAUUUCUUCUUCUACAUAAAUAAAAUUUAAAAAUUAAAAAUUAAAAUUAAAUUGCAAGAAAGAGAAGAAAGAGCCAAUUCUUUUUGGAUUUAAUUAAACAAAACAAAACCCAACUGUAAUAAGUUAAUUGAAAACCGAAGCAGCAAAUGCAAACCCAGCUACAGAAAGAGAACCCAAAAAACAAGAAGAAAAAAACAAGAAGAGAAGAAUUGAAUUCCCUCCUUUUGCUUUCUCAAUUCCACCCUCUACCCACAAUAAUCCACAUCUCUCUUUCUCUAUUUUUCUCGAGUUUGAGAAAGUUAAUUAAAUAUAUAUAAUCGAACACGCCAAACCCAUUUUGCAUUUUUUCUCAUUUUGCUGUGUAUCAUCAUAUGGUCUAAUGGGAUUCUCUUUUUGAACCAAAUUCUGUUACCCAGAAGAAAAAGGAAAAGAAAGAAGAGAGAAUCCCUUCAAAUCACAACACCAUGGAAGGUUUAGAUUCAAAUGAAAUGCACUCUGAAGAGAAUAGAGUUUCUUUUGAGAAAAAUACCAAAAGAAUUCUCAAGACGCCGGCCCAGAUUAUGGCUUUGGAGAAAUUUUAUAAUGAGCACAAUUAUCCCACGGAGGAAAUGAAGUCAGAAGUCGCAGAGAAGAUAGGUUUAACCGAGAAGCAAGUAUCUAGUUGGUUUUGCCACAGAAGGUUGAAAGACAAGAAUAAGUCGAAGGAUGAAACAUAUGGUAAUGGGCGACAAGAUAGGUCUAGUGGUAUUAUCCAGGAUCGUGGGAGUGGUUUGCGGCAAGAUUCCUGCGGUAGCACUAAGCAAGGUGAUUAUAGGAAAGUUGAUCUGAAGGAAGUUGAAAGUCAGAGACUUUAUGGCCAUAAUUUUCCUGCUGCUGACCUGACCUAUGAUCGCACAAGUAGAUAUACAGGGAAUCUUAAUGCCAUGGAUGAUACAUCCUCCGAAAGUAGCUCGUCCUUGCAAGAAAAGUUGUUUUCUCAGAGCGAGGAUCUUUAUGAUAUGAAAACUUCAGGAUAUGUAACACAAAAUGGAGCUAAUAGGCCAUUUGUUCCCAAGGUUUCCAACAACAUGGGAUAUAAACCAUCAGGAUAUUUAAAAGUGAAAAAUGAAAUUGAAAAUGCUGCCAUUACUGCUGUCAAAAGGCAAUUGGGCAAGCACUAUAGGGAGGAUGGUCCCCCACUAGGUGUUGAAUUCCAAGCACUUCCUCCUGGUGCAUUUUCAUCCUCAAGUAGGGAUCCAAUAAAUGGAGCUUUCUAUGUUGGAGAUCUUGCUAGGAUCCAUUCUCCUCCUGAUAUUUCCGGAAUUCAUAAGCAGUCGAGCACCAGCAAUAGAUAUGAACUAUAUAGUUCUAAGAUGAGUUCUCAGGAUACAUUUAUGGAUGGUGCGAAUUGUAACCUUAAGAAUACUUCUGAUUCUCUAGACAAGAAAUCUCAUCACCAAUUGAAACGGAAAUCUACUUUCAAUCAUCCUGAUUCUAGCCCUGGUGGGAAGUCUGCCAUGGAUAAGUUUGAUGGUUUUGCUGCUGAAACUUCUAUGCACAGCAGCAAAAGAAACUAUAAGAUGGGCUUUAAGCAUAAUGCUGAAGGCAUAAGAUCAGAUAUUGGUUCUAACCAUCAUUAUCUUGAUGGUGGUAAAGUUAUCAGUGAACAGACAGGCCGUUGGUUGCAUGACUAUGGCAAUGGCGGGCCUAAGAUUGUCCAAGGAAAUGAUUUUAUGUCUAAGCCAAAUUUGAUUCUUGGAUCCAGCAAGUUUCAUGAUAAAGAGGAAAGAACACAAUCUACAAGGCCGGCAAAGGAGGAGAAGCUUUUUGGAGAAAUGAAGGGAACAAAAGAAUAUCGAGAUUCAGUUAGGGGAAUGAAUCAUCCAGCAAAUGAAAUGAAAGUUUCGAAGCGAUUCAGAGAUGAAUUUUGUCAGCAAGAGUAUGUGACAAAAGCAUCAUUUCCCAAUAUAGCCCGAAAGACAAAUUCAAAUAAAGGGUUGUUCUGUCAUGGAGAGGCCAUCUAGUUUCAGCGAGGAUGAAACUGCAGACACUAGUUCAUCAGACUGAAGACCUGACCGUUGAUAGAUGGUAGAAAGGUAAAAUGGGUUCCUGAUAUCACCUCCUAGGUAGAUACAUUUACCCAUUUUUAUGAGAUAGAAUCCUACAAGCUUUGUACAGUUGAAAGAGGUGUCUCAUAUGCUAACAUGGAAACCUCUUCUGAAAGAUGCUAUCUGGAGUGAAGUUCUUAUAGUUCACUAUGGCAACCAAUUCCUGUUGCCAUUUUAGUGGUCAGCUGUGUAUACUUUGUACAAAUUCUUUGUCAGUAUGCUAUCUGAUGAAUGAUGAUUGUAAAUCUAAUUGAUCAGGAGAUGUUUCUGGACAGCAUGCUAAAGUGCUCUCUAUUUUGUAAAGGAAAUGGUGAACAAACAUUUAUGUAGCCAUUCUCAACA